AUGCUGCUGCCGGCCUGGGAAAUGCGUCUCUACGGGCUCCUUGCCGUGGGCUCUCACCUCUACGCUUUCUAUGAAGCGCACCAAGUGUCCCAAAGGUAUGAAGCUGCAAUGGACAGAAGGUUUGGGCUGGAACCAGGGACUCUCUUUUGGGGCCUCAAAAAGGACCCCAUGGACUUUGAGUGGAGCUACUGGAUUGAAUGGGGAAGGGAACGUAUACUGUGGCUUCUGGCUGGUCACCUGCUGGUAUCACAAGUGUCUAGGCUCUUGGUGGAGAAGUAUAAACCAUGGUGCUUGAUGGUUUAUGGAAUGGCUGCCUGCUGGUUGUUACUGGGAAUCAAGGGCUUUGCUGUCAUUUUGUUACAUGCAACUAUUUCGUUUGCUGUGGCUCAAUUUCAGCUGUCACUCCUGACAUGGUUGUGCUCCCUUACCCUACUAUCCACUUUACGCAUACCAGCUGUGGAAGAAGCCAAGAGGAAGUGGUACGACACAGAAAAUGAGUAUUAUCUGCUGCUCUUCACUGUGUCUGUCCGCUGUCUCUUCUGCACUAGCUUCAGCCUGGAGUACUGCUGGCAUGGACCUGCCCAGAAGUCAUCCCACUCCUUCUUGUGGAUGCUGGCAUAUGUGUUUUAUUAUCCCACGUUCCACAAUGGACCCCUUAUGAAUUUUGAUGAAUUCAGUAAACAGAUGAGGAGACAAGAAGCCUUCUGUUUCAAGACCAACCUCAGCAUCUUAAUCAUGGGCAUAAUUCGUAUUUUCUUUUGGUGGUGCCUGGCUGAGCUGAUGAUUCACCUCAUGUAUAUCCAUGCUCUCUAUAGCAGUGCUCCACCUUUGGAAUCUGCAUCAUACUGGGCUUUGGGUGGCCUGGCUUUAGCUCAAGUCCUGUUUUUUUAUGUGAAAUACCUGGUUCUGUAUGGUGUUCCUGCCCUCCUCCUUCAAAUGGAUGGACUGAAACCUCCUGCUCUGCCCUGCUGUGUGAGCCUGAUGCACAGUUUCACUAAAAUGUGGAG